CACCUAGCAAGGGCUUUGCUGAAAAAUCCCAUUUCUGAGUGUAUGAUCUCUCCUCCUUCCUUUCCUCCACCCUGUGUACUCAGGGUCAGAAAGGUGCUUUCUUUGUCCUCAGGUGAGUAACAGCAGGGAGCAGAGCCUGCUAGAUAUGGUGCAUUCUGCUUCCCAUGAGCUCCAGCUGCUCCUGCCCUGGCUCACGCCAGGCUUUCAGCGAUGUGGGACUGGUCCUGGCUCCAGGGGGCCAAGGGAAUGGCUCGUUUCCAGUUGCCAUGCCCCAGCAGCCCCUAAUCCCUGUCACAGGGUUUUCAUAUGGGACAACAUGUCCUGGGACCCUGCCAUGUGCCUCUCUGCUCUCCUGGCCAGCCUGCUGGCUCCGGAUGGGUGGCUUUGCUGCUUCCCUCUCACCAUGCUUCUUCCCCGUCAGGCAUGGCCAGUUUGGGGACAGGGAUGCCAGGGCAGAGGCCUUCUGCAGGGGAUGGCUCUGCUGCCACCCAAGGCUGCUCUCCAGGGACCUGUUCCAGGUCAGACCCGGGUCUGCAGCUGGGUUUAGGGUGUCAGCAAGAAGACUUAGCUACUCAAGCUCAGGAAGGAUCUCAUGACUUGGCCAACAUCUGCCAAGCUGUCAGAGCCCUGUUGUCUCCAUGGCAGAGAGUUUGGGCUUAAAAUGACAUCUGAGGUCAGUUGGAGUUGAAAACAAGAUGUUGUUUGUGAGUUGUUGACUAAAGCAAUGACACAGAGGAGUGUGGGGCAGCAGGCACCCUCGGAUUAGUGUGCUCAGGGUCUGGAGAAGCUCCAUGCUUUGUGGUCUGGCUACUGGUGCCAUCAAGGUGAGGAGGCAGUGGGUUGAGGCUUGGUGUCACCACAACAAGGACCAUGAGCAGGUUAGAGAUGGAGCCCCACCAGACCGACCUUGUCUUUGCCAUGGGGUGGGCUUUUGGAGAGCAGCUCUGAACCUGGGGAUGGAGCAUCCUCACUGUGCUGCCUCAGGGCUCCCAGGACUUCCGUGGAUGGAUGGUGAAGCCCUGUUCCCUUCCACAGGUGGGUUUUGGGCAAUUGAACUGCCAGCUGGAUCCCAUCGGUGAUGGGAUGGCAAGCAAACAGCAGGGUCCAGCAACAGGAUGGCAACACAGGAGCCUCAGAGCUGUCCUGUCCAUCAGCGUAGGGCUGCAGGGGGUUGCUGAACUGGCCCUUAUCUUUCCUGUUUCUCUUCUUAGCUCCCGCACCUCUGCAGCCGAGAAGGAGAUGGGAGGAGAAGAAAAAAGGGAGAAGCAAUACCGAGCCCAUCAGGGAUUUGGGGAUCACCAUGGUGGAGUUACCGGAGCCCACACUUAUUUCUACGCCGAUGAGGCCAAGUGUGACCAACACAUGGAGACUUUCCUCCGCUGUAUUGAUGCCUCAAGUGGCAGCUCAGAGGACGGCUUCUCUGCCAUCAAGCUGACAGCACUGGCCAGACCCCAAUUCCUGGUGCAUUUCUCAGAGGUGCUGGUGAAGUGGCGGAGGUUCUUCCACCAAAUGGCUGCACAGGAGGGCCAGGCUGGGCGGGCAGUGCUGGACACAAAGCUGGAGGUGGAGAAGCUGCAGGAGGCACUGGCCAACCUCGGCAUUGCGAGCAAGGCAGAGAGCCAGCAGUGGUUCACGGGCGAGAAGCUGGGCACGAGCGGCGCUGUGGACCUGCUAGACUGGAACAGCCUGUUUGACAGCCGCACCAAGCUCUCCAGGCCUCUGCUCAUCCCCAAUAGGAAGACUGGGCAGCUGGAGCCUCUGCUGUCAUGCUUCAGUGAGGAGGAGGAGCUGCAGAUGAAGAGGGUGCUGCAACGCAUGGAUGUCCUUGCAAAGAGAGCCACGGAGAAGGGCGUGAGGCUGAUGGUAGACGCGGAGCAGAGCUACUUCCAACCGGCCAUCAGCCGCCUUACCACGGAGACGCAGCGCCGCUUCAACAGGAGCCAGCCCAUCAUCUACAACACCUACCAGUGCUACCUGAGGGAGGCAUACAACAACGUGACAGGGGACGUGGAGCUGUCGCGCCGAGAGGGCUGGCACUUCGGCGCCAAGCUGGUGCGUGGUGCCUACAUGGAGCAGGAGAGGGAGAGGGCGGCUCAGAUGGGCUACGAGGAUCCCAUCAACCCAACCUAUGAGAAGACCAACGAGAUGUACCACAGGUGCCUGGACUAUGUCCUGGAGGAGAUCAAGCAUAGCCGGAAAGCCAGCGUGAUGGUGGCCUCUCACAAUGAGGACACCGUGAAGUUCACCCUGCGCAGGAUGAUGGAGCUGGGGAUCCAUCCCUCGGACAAGAAGGUGUGCUUUGGGCAGCUGCUGGGCAUGUGUGACCAGAUCACCUUCCCCCUGGGCCAGGCUGGCUUCCCUGUGUACAAGUACGUGCCCUACGGGCCGGUGAAGGAGGUGCUGCCAUACCUGUCCCGCCGGGCCCAGGAGAACAGGGGCUUCAUGCAGCGGGCGAACCGCGAGCGGGACCUGCUCUGGAAAGAGGUCAAGAGGCGCCUCCUCACAGGAAACCUCUUCAGCCACUAACCCCAGCCUCAGCCUGAGGCUCCUGCACCUUCAGCCUGAACCACUGUCCCCAUUUCCCGUGCCAGUUCUGCCGCAGCUGCCCCAACCCCCUUUGCCCCAAGAGAGAAGUGUCCUUGUUGCUGUUGAACCACUCACACCUUCGGUGACCUCUGGGAUGGCCCCAGCUGGCAUUGCUCCAGGGAUGUCACUCUGCCAUCCCACGGCCUCUCGAGCUGUCCCAGGGGAGAUACUGGGCUCUCCUGCCAGCCUGCCCUGUGCCUUGAUGAACACUGUCCUGGUGGUUUUUCCCUGGCAGGAUUCCACAGGGUGAUUUAUCCACUCGCCUUGUGCCCAUGAGCUCAAGUCCAGGUGGGCUGGGUGACGUGGGGACGAGCUGUCCUCAGCCAGAAGCUCCUCCAGCCUCUGCCAGGGUUGGAGCUUUGCUUCCACCAGGCCUCUGAAGGCGCAGGAUCAGCCCCUGUUGCCUGUCCCAGACCUGCCUGCUCACUGGCUUGCACUGACCAGAGCUGGGCAGGUCCAGGCUCUCCCCAUCCCACUGGGAUAAGCUGCCUGGGGUUGUCCAUCCUCAGGCACACAUCCAGUGGAGCAGGAGGGGGUGAGGGAAGUGGGCUGGCCCCAUCCCUGUACCAUUCCUGCCUGCAGUCCCUGGUUCUAACAAUGGACCAUGGCAGUGGGAGCACCAGGAGCUGGACCACAGCUUGUCUCUGCUGUACACUGGAUUUGUAGAGAAUGGAAAUGAUUAAAUCACAACUGUUCCUGCUCCA